AUGAAGUUCUCUCUCGGUAAAUUUGGGCUGAAGCAUUGCGACCUGCCGACGAUGUUCUCCAAUGUCGCAGUUUUAUUGCGCCUUAUCACCAUCAACAUCAACCAGCUUUACGCCAAAAGUAUUCCCUUGAUUUUCUAUAUAUCGACUUUCAUCGCGGGAUCGAUAUACUUCUAUGGCUACAUCAUCACCACGGUCUGGCUGGUGUUCUUCCGAUACGGCAGAUCAAAUAUAGAGGCAGCAUCUGUAGCCCUUGCGUUUGGCACAUGCAAUGUUACUUGUAUAACUAAGUUUGUUUAUAUGAAACUGUACGCAAAAGAAAUAGAGAACUUCGUUAAUAAGUAUUUAGAAUGCGACUCUCAUGUAACACCCAACACAAGAUUUGCUAACAACCUACGCAAGAAGCUGAGAGUCGUUAAGAAACGUGCAACCAUUAUUUGGAUGUUUUUCGUCUGCGAUGGAAUGGUUUACCUCUCGAUUCCAUUUUUCAUUCCUGGAAGAUACUUUAUUGUUGACGUCUACAUUUAUUACGGUCUAGAGCCGAUGUUGGAGUCACCCAAUUACGAAAUAGCAAAUUUCGUAACGAUUUUGGCCAUUGGUUUAGUUGUCUACAUACUGGGCAGUGUCGUGGUAUAUAUAAUAAUUAUCGUUGGUUACAACGAAGCCCAAUUAUAUGCUCUCAGCAAAGAACUAAUAAACGUAUGGGAUGACGGUCAAAUGUUCUACCACAACAUCAUAAAUAGAAUAACAGCUGAUAAAGUACACGCUAUAAACAUCAAAAAUCAAAUAAUUAAUGAAUACGUCAGGAUGUCUCUUGAAAAUAUCACGAAGUUUCAUAUUACAAAUAUUAGUCUUAUACGUGAAUUGGAUUCCAAUAUGAGAACAACAUUAGUAAUUGAAUACAGUUGUAAAGUGGUUUCUAUAAUAGCCGGACUACUUGGUGGUAUAGAAAAUACAUUUCUCCAAUUGCCGUAUACGAUUAUUCAAAUAUUUAUGGACUGUUUAUCUGGACAGCGGCUGAUAGAUGCUUGUGAUCAGUUUAGAGAAUCUGUAUAUGCUUGUAAAUGGGAAAACUUUAACGCAAGUAAUCAAAGAACUGUAUUUUUGAUGGUAAUGAUGUCACAGAAAACUUUGAUACUAUCGGCCGGUGGAAUGGUGAAACUGGAUUUUAUUUGCUUUAUGAAUAUACUAAAGUCAACAUAUUCCAUAUAUACAACUCUAAAAUCAACAGUGUAA